AUGCCAACCAAAUCAUCCCUUCCGGAUGUCAAUGUUCCAGACCUUGACCUAUGGGCUUUUCUGUUCGAGCGAAAGGAUCGCAACUUUUCGGACGAUCAAGGUAUAGCCCAUCUCAUCGCGGCAGAAAUUUGUGGCUGACGUCUGGCAGUGAUAUACCGAGCCUGCACUGGCGACAGGAAGUAUACCUUUGCUGAAGUCAAACGAGCGGCGACAGCUUUCGGCGAGGGUCUGCGAGAUGCGUGGGAAUGGGAGAAGAACGAUGUACUCAACAUCUAUGCGCCGAAUGAUGUCGAUGUGGGGCCCGUGAUCUUUGGGACCUUCUUCGCUGGAGGAAUCGUGAGCCCUGCGAAUCCGGGCUACACCCCGGAGGAACUUGCCUAUCAACUGAACAAUUCUGGAAGCAAAGCGAUCGUAACGACAAAGGCUUUCCUUCCAGCCGCUCAAAAAGCCGCGGCAAAGGCCAACAUCCCCGAAUCAAGGAUCAUCUUGCUAGGAGAAGCAAGAGAUCAAUCCCGCAAAUUCAAGCACUGGACCGACAUCCGCAAGACGAGCCUAGAGAAUCGAUACCGACGUCGCAAGGCCAACCCAUCGAAAGACCUGGCCUUCUUAGUCUAUUCAAGCGGUACGACGGGCCUGCCGAAGGGUGUAAUGCUGUCACACACGAACGUCGUCUCCGAUCUUUGCUUGAUCAAUGGCUCAGUUGGAAACUCGUACCAAUCCGGAAGAGACAAGAUUCUCGGCGUGCUCCCUUUCUUUCACAUAUACGGCCUCACCGGACUCGUUCAUCAACCGCUUCACCGUGGAAUUGAAUUGGUGGUAAUGCCGUCCUUCGACCUUAAGCUCUUUCUCGAAAGCAUACAAACGCACCGAAUAACCUUCAUCUACGUCGCACCUCCGGUGAUAGUCCGCUUGGCCCGAGAUGAAAUGGUGAAAGACUAUGACCUCAGCAGCGUCAAAAUGAUGACGUCCGGAGCAGCGCCACUCACGCGCGAGCUCGUCGAUACUGUCUACAACAAGUACAAGAUCAAAAUCAACCAAGCCUACGGAUUAUCGGAAACAUCUCCCAUGACACAUACCCAGCCCUGGGAGGAAUGGUAUUCUUCAGUGGGCAGCGUAGGGAAGAUUUUCCCUAAUAUGACGGCGAAAUACAUGUCCGAGGACGGAACAGAAGUGCCAGCUGGAGAAGCAGGAGAGUUGUGGAUGGCUGGACCAAACAUCUUUCAAGGAUACUGGAAGAACGAGCAGGCAACUCGAGAAGCAGUAGUCGAGGCCGACGGAUUACGAUAUUUCAAAACGGGAGAUGUCGGCUUUCAGGACGAGAAGCACAACUUCUACAUUACAGAUCGAGUGAAGGAGCUCAUCAAAUAUAAGGGCUGGCAAGUGGCUCCCGCCGAACUGGAAGGGAAGCUCAUGGACCAUCCCCUCGUGAACGACAUCGCCGUCAUUGGAGUCGAAGACACAGAACAACAUACCGAAGUGCCUCGCGCGUACAUUGUGCACGCUGAGCGAAAAGACGCGGGCGAAUCAGAAACCGGUGUGCCAAGUAAGGAGACUGCCGCAGAUGCCGAGAACAUCAUCAAGUGGACGGCGGAGAGAGUCGCGAACCACAAGAGACUGCGCGGUGGAGUGAGAUUCAUCGAUGAGAUCCCGAAGAGCGCGAGUGGCAAGAUUUUGAGACGAUUAUUGAAGGAGAGGGUCAAGAAAGAGAGUGGGCCGGUCAAAGCGAAGCUGUAG